AAUCAAUCACAACUUGGCAAGCGCCAAAGCAGUGACAUUAAUAUUGCCUCAAAGAGUCAAAGUCAACAAUAAAUCACAAAUCAAUCCACGAUUGACUACAAAGGUUAAUCUUAUCUAACUAUAUAUAGUACUGCUCAAAGAAGAAGAAAUACAAGAAUAAUUAAAAUGGAAAAAGGGAAUAAGAAUAAGGGCGUACAACUGGUUGGUUUCUGGGUUAGCCCAUUCGUGCAUAGAGUGAAAUGGGGAAUGAAACUGAAGGGCAUCGAGUUUGAAUACAUUGAAGAAGAUAUAUUCAACAGAAGCCCUCUUCUCUCUCAAAUCAACCCUGUCACCGGAAAAGUGCCUGUUCUUGUUCAUGAUGGAAACCCACUGCCGGAAUCCUCUAUAAUCCUCGAGUACUUAGACGAGGUUUGGAGCCACGCCCCGUUGUUGCCAAUUGAUGCUUACCAAAGAGCCCAAGCUCGCUUCUGGUCUAAAUUUGCAGACCAAAAGGUUCUUGAAUCAGCAUAUCUUAGUGUGUGCUCAAAGGGAGAAAUUCAGGAGAAAGCAGUGAAAGAUGCGAUUGGGCAUCUUGAAACACUGGAAGAAGAGCUAGGAGGAAGGCGUUUCUUUGGAGGCGAUACGAUUGGGCAUGUUGAUCUCAUGAUGGGAUUCAUCGCCUACAUGUUGCCUGUUUGGGAGGAAGUUGCCGCCGUAACAAUUUUGGAUGCGCUCAAGUUUCCGAAUUUAGCGGCGUGGAGGAGUAAUUUUGUUGAUCAUCCGGCGAUCAAGGGUGAUUUGCCGUCGAAAGAUGAGGUGUUCACUUAUUUCCAGUGGCGACGUGAGGUUCAUUUGCAGAGGAUCUAGAGCUUUGCAUUCGGAGCAGUUAGUGAUGCUUUAUUCUUGCAUAAGAUUGUUAUUUGUGUGGAAAUAAUAAAUUAAGUACUACUAGUUCUUUGAAUAAUGUAUCUGCUGGUUAUGAAAAAUAUUUACAUGAUUGGUUUGAAGAAGGCGAUAUGAUAUCUAGCUUAUAUUUGUUGGCAA